AUGCGCUCAAUGUCGGGCAUCCUUGAUGCCGUAGUAUACGCGUGGAAUGCAAAGAAGAGAUGGGCCGGACAUGUGGUCAGACGUACGGACGAUCGCUGGACCACUCGCAUCACACUCUGGUAUCCGAGAGACGCGAAGCGCAAGAUUUAUGUACCGGACAACUUUGAUGAGUGCUCUUAUGUCAACGAUCUAGCAAUAAUGGAAUUGGAAACUCCCGUAUCCGAAGUGCUAGCAACGCCGAUUUGCUUACCAAACAAAUUCACGAAGCUCGCCACUACGCUUCAGCAAGCUGGAAUUGGAUUUAGAGGCCGUAUGUUAACGAAAUUUUAUUUCCUUAACUGCUAA